UGUGAAUAUGGCGCAGAGAACACGAGCAGCGCGCUCGUGAGGGUUUCUGUGACUGAUACGCGCACUUAACCAGCUUAAGCUAACUUUACAUACAGAUUUGACGGACCUUAUGAAGUUCACUUCUCAUCGGGCACACUAUACACAGGUCUGAUGAUCUGCUGCAGCCAUGUUCAGCAAGAAGAAAAAGCAACGCAUCCAAAUCUCAGCACCCUCCAACUUUGAGCAUCGUGUACACACUGAUUUUGAUGAACAAGAGCAGAAGUUUGUGGGGCUUCCACGGCAAUGGCAGAGCCUCAUUGAGGACACAGCCAAGAGGCCCAAACCAUUCAUCGAUGCCUCAGUCAUCACUACUGUAGAGCCACGCAAGGCAAUCGUACGGGGGCGUAAGAUUGGCGACGAUGGCUCUCUCACAUGGCUACUGGAUGAGUUUGAGACCAUGUCGGUGAUCCGCUCCAACUCCCUACGGCGAGACAGCCCACCACCGCAGCCUCGCAGAUACUCUGGAUCAUCAGGAGGGGGUCAUGAGAAUGGAGAUCACUCCCACCAGCAACACAAACAUUCUGAACGCUAUGAAGACAGCAAAGAGAGGGAGAGACCACGACAGGAGCCUCCAGGUGCUGAUCCCAGACAGGUUCAGCGCUCAGUCCACUCAUCCAAAGAGGAUGGCCGACCUCACCAGCAGCCUCGCGGACAGGAGCCCAGCAGAUACAAAGAACCUGAUUGGUCAGGAGGGCCAAUACCUCCCCAGUACAGAGAACGUGACCGAGAGAGAAAAUCUCGUGAAUACCAUGAUCAGGUGGUAAGGAGAGAGGGGGCCAAUGAUAAGAGGCCCAAAUCCAGCUACACGGGGCGGGAUGGCAGCCCACAGUCGCCCCGUGAGAAGAGACCACUCUCUGGGCCAAAUAUCCGCACCCCCAACCUACCUGUUACAGAGGGAGUUAUAAAAACGGCACAGCAGACUGGCCGACCUUUCAACACAUACCCACGCUCUGAAAGCAACUCUGGGAGAAACUCCAUUAGUCAGGAUUUAAAACCAGGCAAAUCUGAGCCUUCCAACCACAAUGGCCCCUCUACUGGGCCAAGCCAUAGUGGCAGCAGUGGAGGUAAAACUGUCUCUCAGGGGAAGCACAGAGCAGAUCCCCAGCAUCACACCUCCCACCCAGCCUUGGGGCCCGAACCCCCUCAUGGCCAGCCGAUGCCCCCGUCUCAUAAACCAUCAGGCCCGGUUGCACCACCACAGCAAACACGCUCCCCUCAGAGGGAGCCACAGCGGGUUUCUCACGAGCAGUUCCGUGCUGCGCUUCAGAUGGUGGUUGACCCUGGGGACCCACAGACUUAUCUGGACCACUACAUCAAGAUCGGUGAAGGUUCCACUGGAAUUGUGUGUAUUGCCACAAUUAAAACCACUGGCAAGCUGGUGGCUGUGAAGAAGAUGGACCUGCGAAAACAGCAGCGUCGAGAAUUGCUGUUUAACGAGGUGGUAAUCAUGCGGGACUAUCACCAUGAGAACGUGGUGGAGAUGUACAACAGUUACUUGGUGGGGGAUGAACUGUGGGUUGUCAUGGAGUUCCUUGAGGGCGGAGCUUUGACAGAUAUCGUUACGCAUACCAGGAUGAAUGAGGAGCAAAUCGCCACCGUGUGUCUAUCUGUUUUGAAAGCGCUUUCUGUUCUUCACUCCCAGGGAGUCAUUCACAGAGACAUUAAGAGUGAUUCUAUUCUUCUCACACACGAUGGCAGGGUGAAGCUGUCAGACUUUGGAUUUUGUGCCCAGGUCUCAAAAGAAGUGCAGCGUAGGAAAUCUCUUGUUGGGACACCCUAUUGGAUGGCCCCAGAGCUCAUCUCAAGACUUCCAUAUGGACAAGAGGUGGAUAUUUGGUCCCUUGGUGUAAUGGUGAUCGAAAUGGUGGAUGGAGAGCCACCGUACUUUAAUGAGCCCCCACUCAAGGCUAUGAAGAUGAUUCGAGACAAUCUGCCACCCAAGCUCAAAAACCUCCACAAGGUCUCACCACUACUCAAGGGAUUCUUAGACAGGAUGCUUGUACGAGAUCCUGCCCAGAGGGCUAUAGCUCAAGAGCUGUUAAAGCAUCCCUUUCUGAGUAAAGCAGGUCCUCCCUCUUGCAUUGUUCCCCUCAUGAGGCAGAACCGCAUGAGAUGAAAGGAGAAAUCGGGGCGGAAUCUGUCAGGCCCUUUACUGAGCUCAAAGCAAAGACUCAAAAGCAAAAAUGGAGCCUGAAGAGAUUUCUACUCGGCACAUUAUAAAUGAUUGUACAGGUCAAGCAUUUUAGGAGAGAAGCCCAUAGAUGCUAUGGACUCUACACAUUGAGAGGGCGUUUUGAAACAAAUCAUUCCAUCGAUUACACUGUAUUUGGAGUCAUGAAAAGACCUGAUUAGAAUUUCUUCAUGGUGUUCUGGCUCACAUGUGAAAUGGUAAAACACAUCUCAGUGGUUUUAAGCUUGGCCUAUAACACUGUGCUUUUGGGUGAACAGAGUAUGUUAAAGAGGUUUAAACGUUACGAAAAUGAACCACUUGGAUUCUAAUCUGCCCUCAAUGUAAAGCAACAGAUUUUCUAUGGUUUUUUUCCCAACCUCAAGCUUUUCCCUGCACUUCAGCAUUUGCACCUGGACCACACUACUCAUUAAUUUGUUUUUAAACAGGAAAAACAACUACUGAAGAACUUUUUAAAAAAGAAAAAAAGAAACUAGGUUUACUAGUGUUACAACACUAAGCAAUGAUCAACACUGGAGGUGUUUUGUUUCAGACAGUUUUUAAUUUAGUUUUAAUGAACGUAGAGAGAGAUCCAUUUUGUUUUCAUGUUGCGUUGCAAUGAUUUAUUUUGAGUGAUUUUAAACACUGUUCUGAUAUCGAAGCUGCACUCCCAAUAUGAUUUCCACACAGAAACUUCCUCCUUUAAUUCAUUGUUCUGCUUUUUUAUAUAACAAAGGGGGAGGGCUGUGGGGCAGGGUUUUCUUUUUAUUGAUUUGAAACUCACUACGGGGUCACUUUAGGUGAAUCGACUGAGUUGUUUCCAAUGUAGGGCAUCUGCAGGGGAAUGUAAUUUUAUGUGCACCUGAAUCCUGAAGUAGUUUGCAAGUAUUUUUGAAGUAUUGUAGCCUUUCUCUUAAGAAGUAAUUUGUGGUAUGUUUUGUAGGAGAGACCAGGACUAUACAUAUAAAGCUGAGCAUUAUGCUCUAGUUUAUGAGAGCUUUUUGACAAUAUAAAGUGAACCCUUCAGCUGUAGAUCUUGGUUGAUUCCCACCAUGUGACUUCUAGAGCUACCACGAAGCGUACACACUAAUGUAUAGGCACAUGUGUUUGUAUGCACAAACGCUUAUACUAAUAAAGAUGCACACUAUGGCUCUUCAUUGUCAUAUUCAAAGAUUUAAGAGAUGAGUAGUAGCUUAUUAGCUUGAACCUAGAGAGCAGCCAAAGACAGUAUAAAGAGCGAAAGCAGAAAGUGCAUUUAUAAUGGAAAUUAUUCCAAACAUUGUUUUAGUAAACUACACUACACAUACAUACAUUUUAGAUUGUGUAUCUUUUUUGUUCGGUCGCAUAUCCAGGACCAAAGUGGAUGUGAGUGCUAGCAUAAAUGUACAUGGUAAUUGAAAGACCAUUUAAAAAUUACUCCGAUUGGCAUUCAUUGUUGUGACAACAUGGGAAUAGAGGCUGAAUCAUUUAGCAGAGUCGAGUGACUUCACAGUUUAUUAAGAUUUAGGUCAGGUGUACAUUGGGUAAUUUACUGACUGUUUAAAUAUGUUAUGUAGUGUUUGAUUGAUUAAUCCUAGACUGAAGCGGUAGCCUAUGUACAUAUUUUGUUAGAAUAAAAAUCAGUUUCUUUUGUUGAAAGCCUAAACCGUAACACCCCAACUUUAAUUGCAGAUGUGAAGGCUUGAAAGAAUUAGUGACUCUUAUUGGCAGAUGUGAUUAAUACAAAAACUACUCGAUUUUUUGUUUGUUUCCUACCAGUUAAAGUUUUUUGUAAGCAGCAUUUCUAUUUCACUGGACUGUGUUACUUUUUUAGGAGGUAGAACCAAACUAAUGACAAUCAGGCAAUGGGAACAGAGGUGGGUGUACACUAAUAGCAUGUAAAUAUCUAUUCAGAGAUGAACAAUUGCAAUGUAUUUUUCAUAGAGAGAAUAGCAUUCAUAAACUUUUACAAUAAAGUUUAUCUGUGAAAUGUUGUAGACGUAGAUUAUGGUUUAAAAAGCUCCGUGCACUAAAGCAGAGAAUGAGUUUGAAUUUAGAGAUCAUUAGUAGCUUUCCAUCAGAAAAACAAAAACAGCCUUAAUGCAUGAAUAUCUUUUCAGGAACAUUGCUGACAGGAAUGGGCUGUUAGAGCAAUGCACACUGUAUGCCACGUGAUUCGUGACCAGCCAAAUUAUUUUUUGAUAAGAUAUCUUUUGAUACACCAGCAAAAUAUUUAAUGGCAGAUGACUUCGCUUUAGAAAGAGGAUAUCUGCAUAUUACCAGAAGCCUAAUGUGGAUGUGUGAUUGGGGAACGCUUUACUGUAAACAAAACAACAUGAUUUGCAUGAUGUUGUUGUGUUGUAUGGCUUUUGGAACACAUAAGGAACAUAUUUCCUUUGUCACAAUUGAAGAUAUAUUGUAUUCCCAGGAAAAAUGUGAGCUUUGUCUGUUGUGUGAAAAGAUAUUAUCUGCUUUUUUGUUUAAUGUGUGUGAUUGUUCUUCAUUUGGUGCCCGCAUGUAGUUCUGUAUUAGAGUAAUAUUUGCAAAUGCUCUCUGGAAGGGUACAUUUUGUAAUAUGCUUUUCAUUUUUAUUUUUAUUUUUGCUUCCAUAAAAACUUUUCACCUAAUGGUCUUCCAUAUUCUGCUGUUGGACUUUAUCAUGCCAUUUUUUUAAAGUCAAAAUUUAAGUAAAUUUGUUUCUAAUUAAUCUUGCACUAUAAACUUUAUACCUGUAACCGUAAUUUACUCUGUCAGCAUGUAGAUAGUUUCAAAGAAACGUUUUAUGUUUUAAAAGUGGAAUAGAAGCAUGAACUGAAGUAUACUCACUGCUGGCAAUCUAACAUUGUCAGGUUUUUGAGAGAACAAUGUCCAGGCAGACUUGUUACUAAUAUAUUAAAAUAAUCUUCAACAUCUUUUGAAUAUACAACUGCUACUGACAGGCCAGCAUCUUUGUGAAUUGUAAACUGGUUCAUAUUAUUUUGCUCCGAUUCAGUUCUUUGCUUAUUCAUUUUAUUUCUAAAGUAUUGUCAUUUUUGAUGGACAACCUAUGUCAGAGUUCUCUCUACGAUAUGUGAAUUUUUACAGGUUGUAAAAUGGACUUUAAACAGAUUUUUUC